AGAAAAUUUGCAUGCUUUGCCACAUAAAAAGCCGAGACGGCACGGGUGCAGACAUUCUUUGCUGUCUACUCUACUACGCCAAGAACAUCACCAUCAUGCCCCCAAGUGGUAAAGCCGUGAAGAAAGCUGGCAAGGCCAGGCCCGCCGGAGACAAGAAGCGCGGAAGGAGGAGAAAGAGAAGGGAAACCUUCGGCGUCUACAUCUACAAGGUGUUGAAUCAGGUGCACCCCGACACAGGCGUCUCCAGCAAGGCAAUGGGCAUCAUGAAUUCUUUCGUCAACGACAUUUUUGAGCGCAUCGCCGCCGAGUCGUCCCGUCUGGCUAACUACAACAAGCGCUCCACCAUCAGUAGCCGCGAGAUCCAGACAGCCGUGCGACUCCUGCUGCCGGGCGAGCUAGCCAAGCACGCCGUCAGCGAGGGCACUAAGGCCGUCACCAAGUACACAAGUUCCAAGUGAAACUACAGACAGAGCUAGAGUUAACCCCGGCCUUUUUCAAGGCCACCCACAUCCCCACAAAAGAGCUAUAUAACAAUCACACUUUCCAGUCAAAAAAUCACCCGACACAAAUACACGCCACUGUAUUGCGAUCUAUCGCAGGGGUCUAAAACCCACCCACCAACACUCCCUAGUAGAACAUGUACAGGGCUGCCACGCACACCACCAAAUAUCAAAGAAAAUCAAAGUGUCUUCUGACGUAACAAAUGUAUGCACACGUUC